UUAUUGGGCAUCGAGCCGCUUAUGCAGAAAAUACACAGUGAGAUCCGUGUUGUGGAUGCUGAAAUUCUUGUAGCCGUCCGCCAACAGAGUAAUGCAGGUACCAAAGCAAAGGAGGAUCUAGCUGCAGCUACACAUGCUGUAGAGGAACUCAUGUAUAAGGUUAGAGAAAUUAAAACAAAAGCCGAGCAAAGUGAAACAAUGGUUCAAGAAAUAUGUCGUGAUAUUAAGAAGCUGGAUUGUGCAAAGAAGCACAUAACAACCACCAUCACGGCCCUCCACCGUCUUACCAUGCUAGUCUCUGCAAUCAAGCAACUUCAAGUUAUGGCUUCAAAACGACAAUAUAAAGAAGCUGCUGCACAGGUAGAGGCUGUCAACCAGUUAUGCAGUCAUUUUGAUGCCUACAGAGAUAUUCCGAAAAUCAUUGAGCUAAGAAACAAGUUUAUGAACAUUAAACAAGUUCUCAAGUCUCACGUGUUCUCUGAUUUCUCAAGCUUAGGUACAGGAAAAGAGGCAGAUGAAGGUAAUCUGCUGCAGCAAUUAUCAGAUGCUUGCUUGGUAGUUGAUGCGCUGGAGCCAUCGGUAAGGGAGGAAUUGGUGAAGAAUAUCUGCAACAAAGAGCUUAUCUCUUAUCAACAGAUAUUUGAAGGAGCCGAAUUGGCAAAGUUAGAUAAAACAGAGAGGAGAUAUGCUUGGGUGAAACGCCGAUUAAGAACAAAUGAGGAGAUUUGGAAAACUUUUCCUGCUUCAUGGCAUGUUGAUUACCUGAUGUGUAUCCAAUUCUGCAAAAUGACCAGGACACAACUUAUGGAGAUCUUAGUAACCUUGAGAGAGAAGCCUGAUGUUGGAACACUACUGAUGGCAUUACAACGGACAAUUGAAUUUGAGGAAGAGUUAGCAGAGAAAUUUGGUGGCAGUUGUAGUACCAAAAGUGUUGCAAAUGACUUUGAAGAUGUAGAUAAAGUGGAAAAUAGUAAUCAAAUUGUGAUGGAUAUAAAAAAGAAAUACGAGAGAAAACUAGUUGCACAUCAAGGAAACCCGGAUGAUGAUAAAGAUUCGGCUGUACCUGGAGCUGGGUUCAAUUUCCAUGGCAUUAUAUCAUCUUGCUUUGAACCACACUUGAUGGUAUAUGUGGAAUUGGAAGAAAAAACUCUUAUGGACCACCUAGAGAAGCUUGUUCAGGAUGAAAGAUGGGAUAUGGAUGAUGGAAGUCAUACUAAUAUAUUAUCCAGUAGCAUGCAGGUCUUUCAAAGAGUUCUUAGAGCUUACGCUGCAAAGCUUCUCAUGAAGCUGCCUAAAGGUGGCAUGGGGAUUGUUGCAGCUGCCACGGGUAUGGAUGGACAUAUUAAGACAUCUGAUAAAGAUGAAAGGCUGAUAUGCUAUGUUGUAAAUACGGCAGAAUAUUGUCAUAAAACGGCUGGUGAGUUAGCUGAAAAUGUCUCAAAAAUAAUAGAUUCUCAGUUGGCCGAUUCAGUGGAUAUGACAGAAGUUCAGGAUGAAUUCUCAUCGCUUAUAACAAAAGCACUAGUAACAUUAGUCAAUGGUGUGGAAACCAAAUUUGAUACUGAAAUGGUUGCGAUGGCGCGUGUUCCAUGGGGUACACUUGAAAGUGUCGGAGAUCAAUCAGAGUAUGUCAAUAGCAUAAAUAUGAUCAUCAGUGGCAGUGUUCCCAUACUUGGAAGCCUUCUUUCUCCAAUUUACUUUCAGUUCUUCUUAGACAAGCUUGCAUCAUCCCUAGGUCCACGCUUCUACGUCAAUAUCUUCAAAUGCAAGCAUAUAUCAGAAACCGGAGCUCAACAAAUGCUGUUGGAUACUCAAGCUGUAAAGACAAUACUUUUAGACAUUCCAUCCCUUGGGAGACAGACAUCGGGAGCUGUUGGCUAUGCAAAAUUCGUAACCCAUGAGAUGGGAAAAGCUGAAGCACUCUUGAAGGUUAUAUUGUCCCCCCUUGAUUCUGUGGCAGAUACAUAUGGAGCACUUCUGCCAGAUGGAACACCUUCAGAGUUUCAAAGAAUUCUAGAGCUCAAGGUUUAUAGUGAAUCAUUAUUUACUAAUAUCCCUCUACCUAAUCUGUUCAUUACUAAUGUCAUGCAACCAUAG